AUGGAUUCUGAGGAGGAGCCGUCAGAGGCCGAGUUCAAGCUGGAUUCCCUAGACUCCGAGGUCGAGCUGUCUGACAAUUCUUUUGAGUCCUCGGGAUCCGACCCAGACUGGGUGCGGCAGAACCCGAGGUUGCACGCUGGAAAGGCCCAGCCAGCGCCUGCAGCACCGGCGUCUUCAGGGGCUGAGCAUGAACCGGAGCCGGAAGAGUCUCUAGCGGGAGACGAUCCAAUGGACGUGGAUCUUGAAGCGAUCCCUGAAGAAGAACCGAAAGAGGAAGAACCCGAGGCUGAGCCUGAGGAUGAGCCUGCUGAGUCCGCAGAGCCUGAAGAGGAACCGGAGUAUAUACUUCCGUAUGAACAGUGGAUGGACCCCAAGUUCGUACCUGAGGAUGAUUUGCUCGAGGAGCCGGUCGAGGAGGAGCAGGACGAGGUUCCAGCUGAGUCGGGUGCGUCUGGACCUGAGGACUAG